AUGAGUUAUAUGAGCCAAUUUCAGUAUCAUCCAAGAUGCAAAGAGCUCAAACUCACUCACCUUUGUUUUGCUGAUGAUCUUAUUCUCUGUUGCAAAGGUGAAUUUCAAUCUGUAUACCUCAUUUUGCAAGCUUUCAAGUUGUUCUCUGCUUCAUCUGGUUUGAAGGCAAAUCAGCAGAAAUCUUCCAUCUAUUGUCAUGGUAUGAGUAAUGAUGUCAUUCAGAGAAUCAUUGAUGUUUCUGGUUUUACCAGAAGUCAAUUGCCUUUCAAUCAUCUUGGUGUUCCCAUUUGUGCUAAGAGAAUAUCUGUUGCUCAAUGUGGAAUGCUAGUAGACAAGAUGACAGCUAGGAUUAAGAUGUGGAGCACUAGGAAUUUGUCUUAUGUGGCUAGAAUGCAACUUAUCAAUUCAGUUCUGUUGAGCUUACAUAUGUAUUGGGCACAAAUAUACAUUUUGCCUAUGAAUGUUUUACAAGAGAUCACUAAGAAUGGGGAAUGGUGGGGAUACCAGCUAGGCAAUAGUGCAAGCUGGUAUUGGAAGAAGAUAUGUGAAGUGAAAGAGUUACUGAAGCAAGUUUAUUCUGAGAGUGAGUUCAGUAAUAUGCCUCAUUAUUCAGUGAAGCAGGUGUAUGAGAAAUUAGCAGAUGAUAAGCCUAAAGUUCACUGGGAUGGACUGGUGUGGAAUAGACUCAAUACCCCAAAGCAUAGAUUUAUUGCUUGGCUUGCAAUUCAGGCUAGACUCUAA